AUGUCUGCCAUUAAUCGCCAACAAAUAGGCAUAGUCAAGCGGCAAAUACGCAAGACGCUUGGUGAAUUACAACGCGAAGACUUCAAACUAACGCAGCUCCAGACCCUAACUGAUAACGAGCUCCUGAACGUAUACGAAAGCCACACCUCGGCCCACGGUUCACUGUUUCGAGUAUACUUCCGCAUAAACCGCUGGUGGACUAAUUGGCAGAAACUAAUGGAAUCCCAUCCAGAAGAAGAAGGCAUUCUACACACCAAUAUUUCCAAGUAUGGCGAUUUCCGUGAACUUAUCAAUGAUGCUGUUUUUACAUUGCAGAAAUUAGACAACGAACGCCCACAAAUCGAGACAGAACUGCAAAGACGACAGUUACAAUUCGAACCCUAUACGGAAUCAGACGCCGAUUCCCUGCAGUCCUCCGAACCGUCAUCGACAUUCCCCAUCCCACAGCCCACUGCUGUUUCAUCCGUUCAAGUACAUCCUCCUAUCCAGCACGUGGAACCUUCCAAUUUAUCUUUUGUGGAUGCGUCAAUCCUCAGCAAACUCGAUCUACCAGUGUUUGAAGGUAACCUGUUGGACUUUCCCGAAUUUUGGCAACGAUUUUCUACUGUUGUUGGCGACAAGCCUCAAUUAGAUGAUGCCACGAAAUUCUCGCUUUUGAAGUCUACCUUACGCGGAUGCGCCUUACAAACGAUUAAAGGACUCUCUGUUACCUCUGCGAAUUAUUCAGUAGCCGUCGAAAUUCUCAAGAAUCAUUUCGACGAUCACGUCACAACGAGGAAUAUUCUUUACACUCGCACUAGCCUCUCUUCCACUUUGUGA